AUGGGACUGGGCAGAUCCAUCUGGGAAGGUUGGAUGUGGGAGAGUGAGGCCCUGAGGCGAGACGUGGGCACCUGGCUCCUGACUUGCACCUGCAUCUGCACCUGUGUCUGCUUGGGAGCCUCUGUCCCAGGGCAAGGAGCAGGGCCAAGAGCUGGAACGUUCACCUGCCUCACCAACAACAUCCUCAGGAUCGACUGCCACUGGUCUGCCGCAGAGCUGGGCCAGGGCUCCAGCCCUUGGCUCCUCUUCACCAGCAACCAGGCGCCUGGCAGCACCCACAAGUGCGCCUUCCAGGGCAAUGCGUGCACGGUGGUGCUGCCACCCGAGGAUGUGCUCGUGCCCUCCGACAACUUCACCAUCACUUUCCACCACCGGGUCUCCGGGAAGGAGCUGGUCAGCCUGGUGGACCCUCAGUACCUGCCCCGGAGACAUGUUAAGCUGGACCCUCCCUCUGACUUGCAGAGCAACGUCAGCUCUGGCUACUGUGUCCUGACCUGGAGCAUCAGUCCUGCCUUGGAGCCGAUGACCACACUUCUCAGCUACGAGCUGGCCUUCAAGAGGCAGGAAGAGGCCUGGGAGUGGGCCAGGCACAAGGACCGCAUUGUUGGGGUGACCUGGCUCAUCCUUGAAGCCACCGAGUUGGACCCUGGUUUCACUUACGAGGCCAGGCUCCGUGUCCAGAUGGCCAACCUGGAGGAUGACGUGGCAGAGGGGGAGCAUUAUGCGGGCCAGUGGAGCGAGUGGAGCCAGCCUGUGCUCUUCCCCUCCCCACAGAGACGAGGCCCCCUGAUCCCACCCUGGGGCCGGCCAGACAGCACCCUUGUUGCUGUGUCCAUCUUUCUCCUGCUGACCGGCCUGACCUACCUCCUGUUCAAGCUGUCACCCAGGAUGAAGAGAACCUUCUACCAGAACGUGCCUUCUCCAGCUGUGUUUUUCCAGCCCCUGUACAGCGUGCAUAACGGGAACUUCCAGACCUGGACGGGGACCCACAGAGCCAGUGUGCAGCGGAGCCAGGACAGCACCCCACAAGGAGCCUCGGAGUCUGGUGUCCCGGAGGCCUUUGCGCUGCUUACCUUUGGCCUGCAAUCCGCGGGCAUGGAGGAGGAGGAGGAGGGCACUGGGACCCUGGGGGCCCAGAGUUGCCAGGAUGUGCUACCAGCAGGGUGUACGGAGUGGGGGGGACAGCCACCUGCCUACCUGCCGCAGGAUGACUGGACCCACGUGUCCCCCACCAGGCCAGCACCCCCAGAGUCAGAGGGCAGCAGCGGCGACUAUUGUGCCUUGGGCUGCUGUGAGGGGCCCCACCCCUGGGCCCUCCCAGGCAAUACCCAGAGCCCUGGGCCCGUCCCAGCCUUGGCCUGUGGCCUUUCCUGCGACCAGGAGGACCUGGAGGCCUGGCAAGGUGGCAGCUGGUCCCAGUCAGAGGCACGGGCUACAUGA